UGCCGGGGGGUCCCCCCGCGGAGCCCCCCGCGCUGCUGAGCACGCACAGCCCCGCGGCGCGCAAGGUGGGCUCGCAGCAGCUGAUCCCGCUCAGCCUGGCCGAGAGCCGGCCCGCGGGCCGGGCCCAGGGCCACGAGCGGCUGCUGAAGGCUCGGAGCAUGGUGGAGACCUCCCGGCUGCCCCCGGGCAGCGACGCCGAGGACGAGCCCGAGGGCGGCCCGGGCAGCCCGGGGACGCUGCGGCGCGGGCUCCGCUCCACGUCCUACCGCCGGGCCGUGGUGAGCGGGGUGGACCUGGACGGCUCCGCCAACUGCAAGAAGAAGAACAGAAUGUCCCAGCCCAUCCUGAAAGCCGUGGUCGAGGAUAAAGAGAAGUUUUCGAGCCUGGGCAGGAUAAAGAAGAUGCUGAAAGGCCAAGGGACAUUCGAUGGGGAAGAAAAUGCUGUAUUAUAUCAGAACUAUAAGGAGAAAGCUCUGGACAUAGAUUCUGAUGAAGAGUCUGAGCCCCGAGAGCAGAAAUCCGAUGACAAGGUUGUUUUUCACUACAAGCCCCUGAGGUCGACGUGGAGCCAGCUCUCUGUGGUGAAGAGGAACGGGUUGUCAGAAGCCAUCAGCCAGGAGGAGAGGAAGAGGCAGGAGGCAAUAUUUGAAGUGAUCUCUUCUGAGCACUCUUACUUGCUGAGCUUGGAGAUUCUGAUCCGGAUGUUUAAAAAUUCCAGGGAACUGAGCCUCACAAUGACCAAAACAGAGAGCCACCACCUCUUCUCCAACAUCACGGAUGUUUAUGAAGCCAGCAAAAAGUUCUUUGAGGAGCUGGAGGCAAGGCACCAGAACAACAUCUUCAUCGAUGACAUCAGUGACAUCGUGGGGAAACACGCAGCCUCCUCCUUUGACCCCUACGUGAAGUACUGCACCAACGAGGUGUAUCAACAGCGCACCCUGCAGAGGCUGCUAGCCACAAAUCCAGCGUUUAAGGAGGUGCUGUCCCGGAUCGAGUCCCACGAGGAUUGCAGGAAUUUGCCCAUGAUCUCCUUCCUCAUCCUUCCCAUGCAGAGAGUCACUCGUCUCCCCUUACUGAUGGAUACCAUUUGCCAGAAAACUCCCAAGGAUUCAGCAAAGUAUGAGAACUGCAAGCAGGCUCUAAAAGAAGUCAGCAAGCUCGUCCGUCUGUGCAACGAGGGCGCUCGGAAGAUGGAGAGGACGGAGAUGAUGUACACCAUCAACUCCCAGCUGGAAUUCAAAAUCAAGCCCUUUCCACUGGUUUCCUCUUCACGGUGGUUGGUGAAAAGGGGUGAAUUAACAGCGUAUGUAGAAGACACUGGACUCUUUUCCAAAAGAACCUCUAAGCAACAGGUCUACUUCUUCCUCUUCAACGAUGUCCUCAUCAUCACCAAGAAGAAGAGUGAGGAGAGUUACACGGUCACCGAGUACUCGCUGCGGGAGCAGCUGCUGGUGCAGCCCUGCGAGGAGGAGCCCGGCUGCUCUCCCGGCAGGAACGCGGGGCUGCACUCGCGGGGCUCUGCCAACCACCUCUUCAGGCUGCUGGUGCUCAGCAACCACGCGGGGGACAGGGUGGAGAUGCUGCUGGGAGCAGAGACUCAGAGUGACAGAGCGCGGUGGAUCACAGCGCUGGGGCAGGACAGCGACGGGCUGCACACCGACAGGACCACUCUGGCUCAGGUGGAGAUCAUCAGGACAUACACGGCCAAGCAGCCCGAUGAACUGUCCCUCCAAGUGGCUGAUGUCGUUCUGGUUUAUCAGAAACUGAAUGAUGGCUGGUUCGAGGGGGAGCGGCUGCGGGACGGCCAGCGGGGCUGGUUCCCCAUGGAGUGUGCCAAGGAGAUCACCUGCCGGGCCACCCUGGACAAGAACAUGGAGCGCAUGGGGCGCCUGCUGGGGCUGGAAACCAACGUGUAGCCUGUUCCUGGCCCCACACCACGCUCUGCACCCGCUGCUGGGGGCUCCCUGUGGGACAGGGGGCACCGGAGCCCUCACCCCUUCACCAGAGCACUGAUCUUUGGAUACUCGGAUCCGUCCUCACUUUGCCUUCCGAGAGCUCCCAACUGAAGCCUGGUUUGACCAGGAGCAGAGUGCAGCUCAGCAGUGUCCUGGGAGCUCAGCUCUGCAUCCUUCUCACUCGUGUUCCAGUUCUGGCUUCAGUCACUCCAGCCCUGCCUCCUUCCGUUCUUGCUCCCUCCGUUUUUCAGGAUCUUGACUUGCUUUCCCCAGAGCUGCACAGGACAUGGGACAGAGACACGGGCCCCAUCCAUGGAGCUGGAGGUGAACAGCAAUGCUGGGGGUGUCCCAAAGAGCUGCAGUGGGACAGUCCCAGUACCAGCCAGGGUGUUAAUGGGAUACUUCCCACUUGUGUCAGAACCUGUGUGACCUGAACUAGAAUAACCAGCUCUGUACUUCAUGAAGACCAACCUACCUCUGCAGUGCAAAUCCAGGGACAGCCCCGGCCUUGGCACAAGCAAAGCUGGCAGAAGCUCCAGAAGAAUCCAGAGCUGUGCCUCCAGCUGGAGUGGUCUCUAACAAACACUGUCAGGCAGCUCAGACUGUCUCCUUUUAGUUCUGCAGUGGUGAAAGGAUUUCUGAAAGCAAAACCAAGGUACCACACUCUGCAAAGCAGGUGGUGCUGAUCCACCUUGGCCCAGGUAUUUUAGCAGAGG